ACCUAAGUUAGCUGUCGAGGCGUAAUGUAUGACAUCGGAAAUGUAACCAGCCUAACACGUGUCAUUAUAAACAUUAUCGCUGAAAAGUCUUAGAACAUUUGUCCAAAGUGUUAAGACCGUGGAACCUUGAGGUUAUUUGUUCAUUAGUGGCCAUUACCUUUAUCUUCAAAUACGAUAACGACUCUUGUACGCUUACCGAAAACGUGUAACCCUUAAUUAGAAAUCGAUACAAGAACGGCGAACGUUAAAAUUCAGAACAUUGCACGAAAGUGCCGUUCGUUUCUGCACCUCCCUGUGCACCAUUGAUACCUGGAAUUCUCGAAACGGCUGUGCAUCGCAACCAGCCGAAGGACUGAUCCCCGAGAGGCGUCCCGAAUGAAAAGAAGGAACGAACAAUCGGAGCGGUGUAUUCUAACGCGCAAUUUCAGUACCGUAAACCGCAUGAAAUUGACAUUCUUCGGCUGAAGGAACGAUUCUGGUUAACGGUACAGACCGAGUUAGUCAUCGUUCCUCCGACGCGCGAAACUCGCGUCAAUUGACAAGUCAGCCAACGUCCGGCGACCGGACUUCAUCCAGAAGAACACCCUCCCGCUGACCGAUCGAACACCUAUUGUUUCAGGCAAUUAACCAGAUACUUUUCGUACGUUUGUUUAUCGAUUGCACGUGGAAAGUGCAAGAGAUGCAGCUUGUUCUCGCACGAAUGAGAGGGAAAGCAAGCAGUACUCGAGGAACGUUGUCGAUUUCCAAGGUCAGCCGGAUAUUGACACGAUUUCCUCCAUCUUCUCCUUUGUUCUUUCUCUCUCUCUUUAUGCCGUUCCGCGGGAUAAUUGAACGAUGUAACGGUAAAAUUCGUGUUAUUAAUAAUGGUUUCGCUCGACAACGCGUACCGUUCUCGAACAGCUGACGUAUCGCUACCAAGAAAACAGAGAAACGAUAGAACGUUCUUAUUAGACUAUAGAGAUUCAUGGAUCCCUGGCAGCCGUUCUGAUGAGUGAUUAAAAAGAAGCUUGUUAGACACGGUCAGAAUACUUUUAUACAUUGACUGGAACGUAACUUGCUUAUCCCGUAUAAUACAUUGGACGGUCAGUUGCUUCUUCUUAUUCUUCUAUCUUUCGAACCUGUGCGUAUAGUUAAAAACUCCAAGACUUACACGUGGAGUGAAUAUUCUUUUUGCGAUUGGAACACGUAUUUGUGCCUUAACUAGUUCGCGUCAUCGUUGCACAUAACUUAAACUGGUGAAGAUAACACUCGUUUCUUUUUGAUAAUAAUUGCAACACAGCUGGUGCAUUGUCUAUUCAAAGUCAAAUUAGAUCCGAACGAUUGUUUUUUCUUGCCGUUGAACGAUAUUCAAUUUUAUUCGAUGUUUCUAAAUUUGUUUUUCUAGCAUAAAUUAACUGAUAAUGUUUUAAAAUUUAUCGGUAUACAGAUAAGGAAAAACCUUGGCGAUAAAUGAAAGAAGAUAACUAUAAAAGACAAUUUGAAAUAUAGAAACAUUUUCAGACUAGAUCUCGUUCGCAGUGAAGUUGAUUGAAAAUUCGCGGAGCUCUAACAACGGUAGUCAUCUGGAUCAACUGGAGCGUGUUCGAUUGCGUUUUCAACGUGGACACGAUCAGUGAAGCUUGGAACACCGGUAUUCGAUGCGUAUCGGAAAGCUACGGUGCAUCAAAGCGCGAUCAGACUCCUUCUACUUGGCCAACGGACACGGACCGAGUGACAGUUCUUCUCGAAGCGCAGCUUUGAAAAUGAAGAUGGAAAAGGAGCGAUACGAGAAGUUCGAAAGUGGUUUCAUACCGCAAGAGAAAAUAUUGAACAUACUCGGAAUUUGGCCGUCGAACGUCAACGGCUUGGCACCCUUCGCUCGAUUUCUCUUUGCCAUGGUUAUAAAUAUCAGUUAUAUCUACAGUCUAUCCGUGGAGUUCUAUCGGCAAUGUGUCAGCGUUGAUGAAGCGAUGGACGCUGUCAUCUUGAGCAUCGUCUGCGUCACCACCGCGCUGAAAUUAUUAAUUAACCGAAUGAACUGGAGACAUAUGCGCAUCCUUGUUAAUUCGGUGAUGGAAGACUGGUCUACCGUCAAAGAUCCUCGUCACCAACGAGUAAUGACAGAGUAUUUCCAGACAGGAAGAACCGCUUUCUUGGCGUUACUCUACAUGUGCUAUGCGUCUGCACCUUCGAUCAUCAUUAAAACCAAUUCGUUCGACGAGAUCCUAAAACAACAGAUAAUGAAAUACUUGGCGGGUUCAACGGAUAGCUCGAACGGUACUUGGACGUUGAACCAUAUGACAGUAACCACCUGCGUUUACGGGGUUAUGCCUUUCUACUUAAAAAUUGGAGUUUUAAUGCUUCAAGUGAUGCAGCUAACCAUUAUGACCAUCUCCCAGAUUGGCAAUGACGGAUGGUUCUUCAGUUUGACGAUGCACCUUUCCGGUCAGUUCGAAGUUCUACAGAUGAACCUCGAAGAAAUGAAGUUCGAGGAGUUCGACUCGCAUAAAAAGCUCGGUCUUUUAGUGGCACGACAUUGUCGUCUCGUCAUGCUUGCGAAAUACCUCAAACAGAGCUUCAGCGUAAUCAUCCUGUUGCAGUUGUUUACUAGUACGUUAAUAAUGUGCAUAGAAGGUUUCGUGUUUCUGGUUUGUCUGGGAACGGGAGACACUCUCGGUACAUUUAAAAGCGUAAUGUUGAUAUUCACGAUGAUUAUACAACUGUACCUUUACGCCUACGCCGGCGACAUUUUGGAGUCUCGAGCAGAAGGUAUCGCAAAUGCUGCAUAUAAAUCGUCCUGGUAUCUUCUACGAGGUAACGCAGCGAGGGACCUGACGUUGAUGAUCCAUCGUGGACACUUAUCGUGCCACGUGACUGCUGGAAAAUUUGUUCCGAUGAACGGGUUCACUUUCAAAGAGGCAUUGAAGGCUUCUGCUUCUUAUUUGUCGGUCUUGAGAGUAAUGAUGAAGACGUAAUCACA